UCCCUGGCUGUGUGUGCCUUCGGCGCUCGGGAGGGUCUCAGACAGGGCCGGCGGGGACCUGCCGCCGCACCCUGAGCCCCUGGCCUAGGGAGAGGGGGCUUGUGAGGACGCUGCACCCACAGACAUUCUCUUGCUAGAAAAAAUGUGCCUCAGACACUGCUGACCUCAGACCUUGCAGAGACCUGCUUUACCAGUGGAAGCCCAAAACGCCACAAGAAUUCAAGGAAUCUACCCUUUGUUCUCCAUGAGUUUUCUCUGCUCUUAUGAGCUGUGAUGGCCAGUCACCAAGCAGAAGUUCAGAAUUUGAAGCUAGAUAAUGAUUCAGUUAUAGAAGGAAUAAGUGACCAGGUACUGGUGGCAGUUGUGCUCAGUUUCACUUUCAUUGCUGCUCUGGUAUAUACACUUUUAAGGAAUGAACACCAGAACAUACACCCAGAAAAUCAAGAGCUAGUGCGAGCUCUUCGUCAACAGCUUCAAACUGAGCAGCAGGAUGCUUUUGCUGGUGAUAGACACCACUUCUAUACAGAUAUGUCCUGUCCAGUCUGUUUGCAACAGGCUACAUUUCCUAUAGAAACAAACUGUGGACAUCUCUUCUGUGGUUCCUGCAUUAUUGCCUACUGGAGGUAUGGCUCAUGGUUUGGUGCCAUCCGUUGUCCAAUCUGUCGACAAACGGUAACGUUGUUUUUACCACUCUUUGGUGAAGAUCAACAGGAUGCAACCCAGGUAUUUCAAGAUGUUAAUGAUUACAAUCGGAGAUUCUCUGGACAGCCCAGAUCUAUUAUGGAAAGAAUUAUGGAUCUGCCCACUUUACUGCGACAUGCGUUCAGGGAGAUGUUUUCUGUUGGGGGCCUCUUCUGGAUGUUUCGAAUCAGAAUAUUCCUCUGCUUGCUUGGAGCCUUGCUCUACCUGGCUUCACCUCUGGAUUUUCUUCCUGAAGCCCUCUUUGGAAUUCUGGGGUUCUUGGAUGAUUUCUUUGUCAUUUUUCUUCUGUUGAUAUAUAUCUCUAUCAUGUAUCGAGAAGUGGUAACACAGCGACUGAAUAGAUGAAAUGGAUGAAAAUGACCCAAAUGCAGAGGUGUUUGUGGAAUGUUUUAGAAAGAGAACUGUAGCAUCAGUAUGAUAUAGCAAGGCUCCUGUGUGCAGUUUCAGUAGUUACAAUGGCACAGCAGAUCAUCUUAUACAAAUAUGAAGGGUCAGUAUGUGGUGAUGCUUAACUGGAAUCUUUAAUUUGUAUAUUACAUGUGCUUCAUAAGGAUGAGGUUAGUUUUAUAAUGUAAUAAACUACCUUCAUCUACUUCCACCUGAUGAACAACUCUAUGUAAUCAAAGCAGAAAACACCUUUUUGCGGUGUGAUUUAUGAAAAAGGAGUUCUAGUAAAAGCCUUCUAACCAAAAGUCCCCUUGGGUAAUCAAGACAUAUAUUAGGAAAUUCAGAAAUUCUUCUCAGUACUGUUAUCACAGCUAAAUUAUUUACAAUCUCUCUGUUGUGGGCUAGAGUUUUUAAAAAUAAAAGUAGCUUUGUGUGUCUCUGUAGGAGAAACCCAAGGAUCACAUUACAAUUACUACCCUGCAGUACACUGUUGUGCACGUGUUUCACAAAACCAGGGAGAACACCUCAGUAUUGCUUGAACUGCACUAUGUACAGUUGCAUGCAAUUCAUACAAUUUUAUUUUUAUAUUUGGGAAUAGACACACUGUAUCUCAUCUAGAUAGAGAAAUCAAUAUUAUGCACAUCAGACUGGUUAGUGGUCUAUUUUUAAACAGGAGAAUGGUUUUUCUUUUCAGGCUUGUUUAUUUGGUAUGUAUGUUUGUUGGAAGUGGGGGUUUUAUGCUGCUUUGGGUCAGCACAAUGUAACUGAGUGAUAGUCUGCAUUCCUUUAGUUGCAUUCAAGCUUUUAAUCAAUGGAGAGAAUCCUUAAAAUUUUAGAUAGUAUUUGAAGAAAAUAAGUCAGAAUUGGAUGUUUACACUACAAAACUUUACCUGAAUGUACAUUCUGCAAUACAAGUAUUAAACAACUUAGAUAUCAGGGUGUUUGAUCUUUAGCUGGGGUUUUCUUGUUUGAUUGCUUGAUUUGGAUGUGGAUAGUGUGAAUUAAUGGGAAAAAGGUCUGUAACAAGGGACCAAUAAAAAAUCCUGGAAAUGUUUUCAAAAAUACUAGGGUAUUAAUUAUCCUUAAAGGUUUUUGAGAUUUUUUUCAUGUUGAAUUUGAAUAUAGGCUAUUGUAGCUACAUAAGUAAUUUGAAAAUAUUUUCAUUUUAAGAAAUGAAUGCCA